AUGAGUGAGCCAUCAAAAAACAACUCGUGCUGCCCGCCAAGUCCUCCAUGCUGCCCACCCAAACCAUGCUGCCCACCCAAACCAUGCUGCCCACCCAAACCAUGCUGUCCCAAGUCCCCAUGCUGCCCACCCAAACCAUGCAGCCCACCCAAAUCCCCUUGCUGCCCGCCAAAACCAUGCUGCCCGCAGAAAUGCUCGUGCUGCCCGAAAAAGUGCACAUGCUGCCCGCAGCCUCCACCUUCCUGCACUCAACCCAACUGCUGCUGUGCGGAGAACAAGGCUGAGUCAGACUCUGAUUCCACAACUGGCCAAACCCAGGACAAGGGCACUCCAACACAACAGAAGAAGACAAAGUAG